CCGGUCUCGGUAGCACUUCCGGCGGAAGGGACGUGGCAGUGACGUCAGCGCGGCCGGAGGGUCCCGGCGUCCGGCCCGAGCCCGCGCCGCAGGCGAUGAGCCCCGAUGCAGGCGCGCCGCCGGCUCGGCCCUAGGCAGCGGGAACCGGGCGCGUACCUGGGGCCCCCCCAGACCCAAAUCGUGCCCCCCCCGGAGCCCCCGCCCGCGGACGUCAUGUCGUGUCGCGACAGGACCCAGGAGUUCCUCUUCGCCUGCAAAUCGCUGCAGGGCCGGCAGGACCGGGGGGUCCCGGCCGGCAGAGCCCCCGGGCCCGGGCGGCAGCGCAGCGAGUUCAGCCUGAUGGCAAAGUGUGUGGGGAGGGUCCCAGGUGUGGGGGGAGGGUCCCCAGUGGCCAAACGCAAAUCGCUGUUCGACGACAAAUCCGUGGAGAUCGAGGAGCUCACCUACAUCAUCAAACAGGACAUCAACAGCCUGAACAAGCAGAUCGCGCAGCUGCAGGAGCUGGUGCGGGCGCGGGGGGGCCCGGCCGGGCGCCACCUCCAGAGCCACUCCAACACCGUGGUGGUGUCACUGCAGUCCAAGCUGGCCUCGAUGUCCAACGAUUUCAAGUCGGUGCUGGAGGUUCGCACGGAGAACCUGAAGCAGCAGCGCAGCCGUCGGGAACAUUUCUCCCGCGCCCCCGUCUCCGCCCUGGCCGCCAACAACCUCGGUGAGCCCGGGGGUCCCCGCUGGGAGAGCGGGAGUUUUGGGGGGUCCCUGAGCCCCCUGCCAACCCCCCUGAGCCCGCAGGGAGCCCGGCCGAUCGACUCCAGCGUGGAGGACGCUCAGCUCAACGUGGAGGCGGCUCACGGGGAGAUCCUCAAGUAUUUCCAGUCGGUGACGUCCAACCGCUGGCUGAUGGUGAAGAUCUUCCUCAUCCUCAUCGUCUUCUUCAUCGUCUUCGUCGUCUUCCUGGCCUGAAACUCCUCCUUUUCUCCCCGUUUUUUCCACACGGACUCGGCCCCGCGGGGCUCGGACACGCGACCCCCUCCCCACUUAUCCCACCCCCACCCCGGUUUGGGGGUCUCUCUGCCCCGGGGUCUCCGGGAGCGUUGGGAAUCCUGGCAAUGCUCUGGGACCCCUCCCCAUGGACCACGGGACCCCCGGAAUGGGGUUGGGGAUCCCUCAGGAGAGCCUGGGACCCCCAAAAUGGGGCUGGGGAUCCCUCAGGACAGCCCGGGACCCCCGAAAUGGGGCUGGGGAUCCCUCAGGAGAGCCUGGGACCCCCCAAAUGGGGCUGGGGAUCCCUCAGGAGAGCCUGGGACCCCCAAAAUGGGGCUGGGGACCCUUCAGGAGAGCCUGGGACCCCCCAAAAUGGGGUUGGGGAUCCGUCAGGAGAGCCUGGGACCCCCGGAAAGGGGUUGGGGAUCCCUCAGGAGAGCCUGGGACCCCCGGAAAGGGGUUGGGGAUCCCUCAGGAGAGCCUGGGACCCCCGAAAUGGGGCUGGGGAUCCCUCAGGACAGCCCGGGACCCCCGAAAUGGGGCUGGGGACCCUUCAGGAGAGCCCGGGACCCCCGGAAAGGGGUCGGGACCCCAUUGGUGACCCCGGGGAAUUCGGGGGGGAUCCUCUGGGGUUUGGGGGGGCUGCAGGAGCCCAGGUAAAGGUGUGAGACCCCCGGGGUGGGGGGGUCUGUGAACCCCACGAGCCUUUGGGGGGGUGCAGGACCCCCCCGAAAACCCCGGGACCCCCAAAAAGGGGGGGAGGGGUGGAGCUGGUUAAAACGGUGGGGGGGCUGUGGGACCCCCCUGGGGCCUCCAGCCCCCAAUUAAAGCCUUGGCAGCCCCAAAAAGGGGGGCUGUGGACCCCAUUAAAGCGAUUUGGGUUCCCCUGGGGGGGCUGCGGACCCCCAAAAUGGGCCUGGGGACCCCCAGAAGGGCCCUGGGGACCCCAUUAAAUUAACGGGGGGGGGGCUGCAGGAGCCCCUUGGGAACAGGAGCCCCCCGUUAAAGCCUUGGGGCCGCCAGGGGGGCGGGUCUGGGGAUGCCCUGAACCCUUCAGGGAGCCUUUGGGGCGGCCGCAGCCCCCCCCGAACCCCUCGGGCCCCCCAAUAAA